CUUGUUACCGACCUCUCAAACAGCUGAUGCGUAUCCACAGGUGGUCCCAACAGCUGAUCAGGAGACUGCAGCGGGCGGAGGAAAAAUGCGACAUUUCCAGCGUGUGCGACGGCUGCUAAGCCUGGGCAGCAGAAACCAGGUCCGACAACUCAGUGCGGGAACCUCAGAGCGGGCUCCGAAGAAUGGCCUUCCCCUGGUGCGGCUGGCUCUCCUGGCGGCCGGCGGCGGUGCCCUGGGCUACGACGGCAUCGUCAACGACUUUACAUACUGCGGCGCCUCCGUCCGCUUUGUUCGCUCCCUGAAAACCGCCGGAUUGAUAGCCGCCGAUUACAUGCAGUUGAAGGAGGACGAUGCGGAGUACGAGACGAAGCUGAAGGCCAUCCACCAGAAGAGCGCCGAGCGCCUGCUGGAGACGUGCCUGCUGAACGGCGGCUUGUACAUCAAGGUGGGUCAGGGAUUCGCCGCCAUUAACCACAUCCUGCCCGUGGAGUACACCAGCACGCUGUCCCAGCUGCAGGAUAGCUGCCUGCCCACCAGCAAGGCAGAUGUGCAGAAGGUAUUCCGCAAGGACUUUGGCCAGCUGCCCGAGGAGAUCUACCAGGAGUUUGACUACCAGCCUGUGGCGGCCGCUAGCCUGGCGCAGGUGUUCAAAGCCAAGUUGUCCAGCGGCGAACAGGUGGCCAUCAAGGUGCAGUACAACGAUUUGCAGAAGCGCUUCGUCAGCGACCUGGGAACCAUCAUCUUCCUGCAGGACAUUGUUGAGUUCAUCUUUAAGGACUACAACUUUGGCUGGAUCCUGAAUGACCUGCGCAAGAAUCUGGUGCAGGAGUUGAACUUUGUGCAGGAGGGCCACAAUGCCGAGCGAUGCGCCAGGGACAUGAAGAAGUUCAGCUACGUGCAUGUUCCCAAGGUCCACUGGUCGCAUACAAAAACGCGUGUCCUUACCCUGGAGUGGAUAGACGGGUGCAAGAUCAGCGAUCUGAAGACCAUAAAAGCCCAGAAGCUCAGCUUAAAGGACAUCGAUGUCAAGUUGUUUGAUACUUUUGCCGAACAGAUCUUCCACACGGGCUUCGUGCAUGCCGAUCCACAUCCUGGGAACAUCUUUGUGCGACGAAAUCCCAAAUCUGGGCGAGCGGACAUCAUUCUCCUGGACCAUGGUUUGUACGAGGAGCUGCCCGAAAAUGUCCGUGGCCCGCUCUGUGAAUUUUGGGAGGCCACUGUGCUGCGCAACGAGGCCAAGAUGCAGUCGGCCGCCGAGAAGAUUGGAAUAGCCGACUCCAUGCGCUUUGCCGAGGUUCUCUUUCAGCAGCCCAUUCGGAUUCGAGGCGGCCGUAUCCGGGGAAAGCUUUCGCAGGAGGAUAUCGAUCACAUGCAAGAGAUAGCCAGGAAGAACUUUGAGCAUAUUAUGGGCACCCUCAAGGAGAUGCCCAGGAGUAUGUUGUUUGUGGUGCGCAACCUCAACACCGUUCGGGCGAUAAGCCACCAUCAUGGAGACGUGGUAAAUCGACCCCAAGUCAUGGCUCGCUAUGCCCAAAAGUGCCUCUACAUGCAGCACAGUCGUCGCUCGCCGGUGCAGUACAUCCGAUGGCUGAGGCGUCGCAUUUACUUUGAAUACUGUCUGUUUGUGUCUGCCUUUAAGUUGCGUCUUUUGGAUUGGUAUUUUAAUGUUCUUUAUCUAAUGGGUCGUGCUCCUGCCUCGGCCAGGACCGUGAUGAGCGAUAUGUUGACACCACCAACAGACCCAAAUAUGCUGAGAUGAGUCCCUGAAUCACCAAUGCCCUUUGUACUCCUAAAAGUUAAGUUUUAAUAUGUGUUUUUAUAGGAAAAUUCAGGUAUUGAAAGUACUCUAUUUAAAUCAUUCUAAAAUUUUUGUAAUAGAAAAAUUAUAUUUUUUAUAGAGGCUAUUAUUGGAUUUCAUUGAGGAGUUGUAAAAUAAUUGAAAGUUGUGAUGGGGUUAUUAUUUCAGUUGGUGUAGGAUUUUAUAACCGAUUUGUAUUUAAGGAUAUAGUCAUAAAUAUAAGAAAAGGGUGGAAAUAAAUAUAAAUAAUAAUACAA